AUGGAGCCAACGGGACAGGACUUGGACAUGGGCGGGAGGUCCGUCGGGCUGGGCCGCAAGCGGGAGAAUGUCAGGACGGGCAGCGACAGGCGGAGGGGUCGGGGUCUCGGAGCGGCCUGGGCUUGGCGGGGCCGGGCUUUCCGGGGUGUUGUGCUGUGGCGGAGCGGGCAAGGUUACGUGGCCGCGGACAAGCCCCCAGCAAACUCAGCUGCUUCGCCCGUGACGCGCAUGAGGAGAGACGCGCAAUCAGUGGAAACGGGGGGCGCGACGUUGCUUCUUGGGCUGCGGCUGAUGCCCCUGUGCUUCACCAAGCGCGCGCUGCUAUUUGAUUCAUUCAAGGACCGAGUCCAGGUCAUUUGCCAGACCCUGGGCAGCAUCAACACGCCGCCGCCACUAGCCUCCAGUCGAAAGGCACAAAAGCACAGCGGCCUCUGA